CGUCCUAUUGAAAUGAGCCCUCUUACCGUAUAUUCUUGGAAGACUCGAAUUUGCUUUUCCGGUCGGCGAUGACUAAGCAAUAUCAACAUCGGCCCACCGCUUUCCCUGUUCGUCAUCCUCCUUUUUGGCUUCGAUCCUUCCAUUCCAGACUUGUGUUAUUUGGUACAGAUCGAUCGUUCUCGCUGCUUCUCGGUCAUUUGCAGCUUAUUUCUUGUUGUCCUUAACCCUGCUGACCGCAUUUCUCACAUCUUAUUUCUUUGAGCCAUCCCCGCAGAAGCAUUCCUUCCUGUUUCAGUUGCAAGAGCUUCCAGUGCUUGCAGCUGAGUACCUAAACCUGCUUGAUCUGACUUCCACGCGUAUCCUUUCUCCCGAUCUCAGUCGCUGAGAGGGCACCAUGACUGCAGACAUUAGUCACGCGGCAGCGCAGGUCGUGUCCACCGAUCGCACUCGUGAUCCAGAUUACGACCAGUUUUCGUUCAUCCCUUUCCUACGCAAAAGCUAUGGCUUCGGUUUGGCCAGCGACGUCCCCGUCUGCAAAGCCUACAGCGAGGGACACUGUCCGUUGGGGCCCGCUUGUCCGGAUCGGCAUCCUACCCCAUCGCGAGUAACCACGUCGACCACCACUGCCUCGGGAUUGGCACCGUCUACCACCCACGGCUCCCUCGUCUGCAAGCAUUUUCUCAAGGGGCUUUGUAAGAAGGGCUUGAAGUGCGAAUACCUCCAUGAAUACAACCUCCGACGCAUGCCGGAAUGCCAGUCUUUCUCGCGGUCCGGAUAUUGCCCGAAUGGGGAGGAUUGUUUAUACCAACAUGUCAGAGAACAGGCGCGAUUACCACCCUGUGAACAUUAUGAUCGAGGGUUUUGUGAGCUAGGACCGUUAUGCGCCAAGCGUCAUGUGCGUCGACGUCUAUGCCAAUACUACCUGGCUGGGUUCUGUCCUGAAGGGCCAUCCUGUAUGGAUGCCCACCCCCGGUGGUCAGAGAAUCUACCGAAACCUUCGAUUCGAGUCGAGAAGACGGAGGAGGAAUUGGAGCGGGAAAGGGAUUUGAUCCGCGAAGAACAAGAGAAGGAAAGAGAAAGGGAACGUGAGUGGAGGAGUGAACGUGGCCGUGGAGGAGGGUUUGGAAUGCGCGGUCGUUAUCGCGGAAGGGGACGGGGCUAGGAUUGGCUCAAAAGGCAUCAUCAUACCCUUUGAUCAGAUUUUCGAACUCCAUCCAAGGCGCUGAAUAUUCACGCACUUUUUCUCACCCUAGCGCGGGGAAGGUCUGCCCGAGAGGGGGUUGAUUUCAACGUUCAACUCGACAACUCUCACGCCAGAUACCUCGCGACAAGCCUAACUUAGGCUUUAAUCUCGGACGGACUCAACUGAACAGCAACCCUGAGCAGCUAUCCGAGGAAUUUCGCCGACCAGAAGGCUUGUCCAAGCAGUCCUGGACGCUUGCUUCCGGACCCUCACGCUCGGUGAUUUCACAACCUUGUCUCUUCGUGGUUGUUAAUGCGGACGAUUCUCGAUGUUAUCCGUGACCCAUUUUUAUACCCUAUAUGUAUACUAAAUACAGCUAGAAUAGAACCACAUGAACAAUUAAUUCUACACUCAAAU